AUGAAUAGUCCUUUCAAUUGUAAUCAAAUAAAUAUUAAUUAUUCUUUUUCUUUUAAUAAUGAUAAUAGCAUAAACCAAGGAACAAAAACUCCUUGUAAGAAUUCUUUCGCAUCAGAUGGUAAUGUAUCAUAUGAUAAGGAAUGUCUAGAAAAGAAGAGUUUAAUCAUUAACGAUAAGGAAGAAAAAAAUAUUUAUAUGUAUAAUAAUAUGUAUACAAAUAUGUAUAAUGAUUUACAUAGUAACAAUAAUGAAGACAAUUCAUGUAAUCAUUUGAGCUAUAAUAUAAAUAAAAUUAAUCAAAAUGAUCAUACAAAUAUGAACAACAUAUUAUAUAAUGAUAAAAAUAUUGUAGCUUCUAAGGCAAAUAUAUAUACGAUGUGUGAUCUGAAAAAUCAACAAGAGGAAGUAAAAAACAAAAAUGAAAGUAUCAUAUAUAAAAAUGAAGAAAUGAUAAAUAAAAAUGAAAGUAUCAUAUAUAAAAACGAAAAGAUGAUUAAUAAAAAUGAAUGUAUCAUAUAUGAAAACGAAAAGAUGAUUAAUAAAAAUGAAAGUAUCAUAUAUAAAAACGAUAUGAUGAUUAAACAAAAUGAUAUGGUUAUUAAUAAGAAUGAAAGAAUGAUUAACCAAAAUGAUAUGAUAAUCAACCAGAAUAAUAUUAUGAUUAAUCAAAAUGAGAAGAUGAUAAAUCAAAAAGGUAUGAUAAUUAAUCAAAAUGAUAAUAUGAGUAGGGGUGAAAUAUAUACAUAUAAUAAAAAUGAUAUGUUGAAAAAGGUACCUUCUCAAAAUUAUGUUACAAUAAAAAGUGCAAGCAAUCAUAAUUUUCAAUCUAUUGAACAUAUUCAUAAUAAGAAUAUUGAUAAUAUUAUGAUAAAUGAAAAAAAUCCUAAAGAAUACCAUAACAAGUAUAAUCAAUAUAAUAUUCACUGUGAUAAUAAUGAUCAUAUGAAUAAUAUUGAUUAUACAUAUUAUAAUAAUAAUAUAACAAAUAAUAAUUCAAAUGUUAAUUUGAAUAAAUCCAAAGAAGAGUUAAAUAAUAAUAUAUCUUCCUGUCAUGUAAAUAAAAAAAACAUAAAUCAAAAAUGCACUUAUGAAGAUAAUAUGUAUAAUAAUAAUAAUAAUAAUAAUAAUAUUUCUAGUAAUAAUAUUUUGGUUCAUAAAAUGGUUACAAAUAACCCACCUAAAAUAUCUGCUCAAACGUAUAGUAAUAUAAAUGAAUUAGAGAAUAAUAAAGUGUUAUAUCAUUCAAAAGAAAAUCGAGAAAAAAUAAAAAAUCACAACAUUAUUGAUAUGAAUAGUAAUCGUAAUAAUAGUAAUAAUGGUAAUAAUCAUAAUAAUCAUUAUCAUAAUAAUAACAAUCCUUGCAAUAAUACAAGUGAUAAUACCACCCUUUUGAUGAAUCAUCAAAUAAAAAAUACAAACCAAACAUGCACACAAAUAGAAGAGUUAAAAAAAAAUGCUGAAAAAAAUAAUAAUAUAAUUUAUAAUAAUAUAAUUAAUAAUAAUAUUAUUAAUAAUAAUAUUGUUCUUGAUAGUAUCCUAAAUAAUAAUAUGAUGAACAACAAUAUAAUUAAUAAAAGCUUUAUGAAUGCACCAAAUAAUGACAUUCAUAAAAAUAUGGUAGAUAAGAUAAUAAAUCAGUGCUUAUUGAACAGCACCAAAAAAACAUACAAUGCUAAUAAAAAGGAUAAUAUGGUUAAUAUAUUACACACAUAUAAGGCAAAAAAUAAUGAUGAUAAAAAAUUAUAUACAGAUAUAAAUAAUGUUAAUAUGAAUAAUAUGGUCAAUAAUUACAAUAUGAAUGAUCAAAGUGUUCAUUAUAUGAAACAGAAGGAACUAAAUGUAAAAGAAAAAAAUCAAGAAAAUUAUAGUCAUGUUAUAAAUGAUACUAACAAUAUUAAUUAUAACAAUAAAAUUAAUGAUUAUAAUAAUAUCACACCAAAAGGUCAGGUCGAUAAUAAAGAUACAUAUAAUUUGAAUACUCGUAGUAAUAAUUGUUAUACUCGUAAUUGUGUUGAUUGCAAUAAAUUAAUAAAUAACCAUAUUGAUGUAUCAAAUGGUGAUAAUAUAUCACCACAUAAUGUUAUGUAUAAUUCAAUGACAAAUUUAUCAAGCGAUAAAAAGCUUAGUUUAAAUAAUAUGGAGCACUUACAGGAAGUAAAUAAUAAUAAAGAUAAUAGUAUAUACUAUAACAAUUAUGGCAAUUAUAAAGAAGGCAACAUAGCUAAUAUAAAACAUGUAGAAAAUGUAGCAAAUGUAAAACAUAUAGAAAAUAUAGCAAAUGUAAAACAUAUACAAAAUAUAGCAAAUAUAAAAAGUGUUAAUUCAUUGAAUGGCCAUAAUAUCUUUGUUGGCGAUUCAAUAAAUCGCCACCAAAAUAAUAAUAUACAAAACAAUACAUAUAAUGAAUGUAAAAUUUUGGAUACAAAUCUUUGUGAAGAUAAUAAAAUAUAUAAGGAAAAAGAAUAUUCUUUUUACAAAAAGAAUUAUGAAACAAAAGAAGAUAUGCAGAAUUAUAAAAAUAAAAUUAUAAAAAAUAAUAUUAAAAGUGAAGAUAUAUCACCUCAGUUUAAUAAUAUGUGUAAUUUAAAUUAUACACCACAAAAUUAUGAUGAACUUGUUGUAUAUCCAAAAGAUGAUAAAAAUCAAUUAGUUCAAAAUAUAAAAAGUGUAUAUGAACAAAAUAAUAAUCACAAUAUACAUAUGGAAAAUAAUACGGAUGAAAAAAUGUUCAACAAAAAUGUGCAUCAUAUUAAUGAGGAUAGAGGCGAAACGUAUUAUCAUUGUGAAUAUAAUAUAUCAACAGAUAUACCAACACAUAAUUAUAUGAAUAAUUUAUUAAUUAAUAAUUACAAUGAUGAAAAAUCAAAUAAUUCAGAAGAAAAUUACACUUCGAAUAAUGAGAUAUAUAAUUCCAGUGCAUACAAAAAAGUAAACAUGGACGUGAAUAAUAUGGACAGUAGGAAUCAUUGUGGAGAUGAUUUUUAUAGCAAUCAAAAAGUAUAUGGAAUACAAAAAGAGGAAGAAAGAAUAAUACCUCAUAAGUAUAAUAAAGAUAUUUACCAAAAUUGUAUGAUAAAUGGGGAUGAAUAUAAAAAUGACCAAGUAAUAAAUAAUUCUGAUAUCAUGCAUAUCAAUAAUAAUAAUAGUAAUAAUAAUAAUAUAGAUGUAUCUGUGUAUAGUAAUAUGUCAACAGAUUGUAAAUCAAACAAUUAUUCAUACACCAAUUUGAAUAACACAGAAAAGGAUAAUAAAACAAUAACGUACGGAAAUUACUGUACCGCAAUAUUUGAUCCUGAUGAUAACAAUAAAGAAAUAUAUUAUGAAAAUACAAAUUCUAUAUAUGAUUAUUCAAAUAAUGUAAAUUAUAAAUUAGCAAAUGAGAACCAUAUACAAAAUAUAGAAAAUGAAAGGAUUGUACAAACAAAAUAUGAUCAUAAUAAUAGUAAUAAAAUGAAUACUUUUUACAAUGAUCACCACCAUCCCAUGCAUGAUACAUUUUGUCAUACAAAUAAUGAAACAAAUUAUAAUAAGAAUAUAAUAAUAAAAGAUAUAUAUAGUACGUCACAAAAUACAGAAAAACCAUUUUUAAAAGAACAACAAUUUGAUCACACUUGUGUUGAUUCGAAUAAUUUUUGUCAUCCAAAUGAUUCUUCGUCUUAUUCUAUUUUAAAUAAUAUAUGUAUAGAAAAAAAUAUGAAAAAAAAUAAAACACAAGAAAUAUAUUAUAACAAUGAUAAAAUACAUAAUAUAGAGGAGAGAGGAAAUAUUAAUAAUUUUAAUGAGGAAUUUUUAUUUCUUAAGUUAUGGUUAUCAUCAUUUAAUAUGGGCAAAUCGAUACAUUGCAAAAAAUUAAUAUAUAUAUCGGGUGAUAAAAGAUAUAUUAGAAAAAGGAAUAAUAAAAAUAAAACAUAUCCAUUUAAUUAUAAUGAACCAUUUUAUUUUAUCUACAAACCAAAUAAAGACAUGGCUGUGGAUCAUAAUAAUAAUAAUAUUAAUAAUAAUAAUAAUAAUAAUAAUAAUAUUAAUAAUAAUAAUAAUAAUAAUAAUAUUAAUAAUAAUAAUAAUAAUAAUAUUAAUAAUGUACGUUUGAAUAAUAUUAAUGGACAUAUACAAAAUAGUGAAUUAAAAAAUAAUUAUGAUUUUGUAAAAUAUUCACCUAACCUUAAGGAUUAUGAUCAUUCAAAUAUUAAACAUUCUGAAGAUAGUCAAAAUAUGACUCAUAUUUCUGAAUGUAUUGAAUAUAAAAAUGAUAACAAUUGUUCGAAUGAUAGUAUUACUAAUAAUAAUUAUCAUACUGUUAAUAAUAAUAUGAAUGUGUAUAAGAACAUUAUUUAUGAGGAUAUAGAAGAACCUCAUUAUAAUACAAUAGUCGAAGAAAAUGAAAAUAUUAAUGAUAUAAAUAUGAAUUAUAAUAGAUACAAUAAUAUACAAAAUAUAUGUAAUAAUAAUGAAAAUCGAGAAAUACAUAUUAAUAAUUCUGAAGAUAAGAAAGAAGGAAAUAUAUCUAAUAUAUCAUCCACAUUAAAUAAGGAUAGCUUUUGUUCUUUCACAACAGUUAGUUCUACUCCUGAAUAUGAAAUAAAUAAAAAUUUAAAUCAGUUAGAAAGUUAUAUUAAUGAUUUAUAUACAAAUAGGAAAAUUGAAAAUGAUAAUAAUAUGGUCCCUAAAUUAUCUAAUAAUUUAUUUAAUAAUAAUAUAACUAACAGUUCAAAGAAUGAUAAUCAAAAUUUAGAGGGAAACAAGAAAAACAUGAGAGCAAAAAAUGGUAUGGAUACUUUUACAAAAAUGACAUUAACAAAUGAAUCAAAUAAAAACAUAAGAAAUAAUAAAAAGGAUAAUAUAGGAGAACAAAUGAUAUCACCAUUUAUAAAAAAUGAUAUUAUAGGACAUAAGCAAUAUUAUAUAGAUAAUGAAAAUUAUAAUAAUUUACAUAUGUGUAAUAAUAAAGAAUCAUUGAAAGUAGGACCUAUUAUGAAUAACAAAAAUGAUUUAAUCGAUACAAAUAUAUAUAACAAUAACAAUAAUAAUAAUAAUAAUAAUAUUGAUCAAUUAUGCAGUAAUAACAAUUUUGUUUCUUCAUGCUCCUUAAAUAAUAUGAAUGAUAAUACAUCAUGUUGUGUGAAUGAUAAUACAUCGUGUUGUGUGAAUGAUAAUACAUCGUGUUGUGUGAAUGAUAAUACAUCAUGUUGUGUGAAUGAUAAUGCAUCAUAUUGUAUGAAUGAUAAUUCAUCAUAUUAUAUGAAUGAUAAUAAGGAAGAAAAAAAUAUGGAAAAUAAUGCAAACACAAUAAACCCUGUUGUGAAUAAUAUAAGAGAUAAUGUUGUAACUGAUAUUACUAACAAUAAUGAUAAAACAAUAAAUAAUUUCCAUAAUAAUAAUAUAUACAAAGAAGAAAACUUAGAUAAUAAUAAUAUAAAUAUAGAUCCUCUAUGUUACGACGAAGAAUUAUUUGAUGACGAUAAAAAUAUACCCAAAAUAACAGGUGUUAGUUAUGAUAGGAAACAAAAAAUAUGGGUAUCUCAUUGGAGAGCCAAUUGUAAAACUGUUCAUAAAUAUUUUUCUGUUAAAAAAUAUGGAUUUGAAGAAGCUCGUAAGCUAGCUAUUAAAUGUAGAGAAGAAAAUGUGAAUUAUAUUACAACGGCUAGUAUUCUAAAUAAUAAUUUUACAAAACAUGCAUAUCCCUUGAUUAAUAAUAUUUUAAAGAAUAACAAUAUGAAUACAUAUGAUUUAAUAAAUUUUAAUUCUUCCGAUAAAUUAAAUGAGCAAAAUCAUUAUAAUAAUAAUUAUGAUUUAUAUGAGCCACCCAAAAAAAAGAAAGAGAAAAUAGAUCAAGUAAGAAAAAAUAAUAAUCAGGAAAAAAAAAAAAAAAAAAGAAAAAUUAAUCAUGAUAUUAAUGAUAAUAUGAAUUAUUAUCUUAACGACACAAAUUAUAAUGAUAGUCAACUAAGUCAACAUAUUUACCAUACUAAUCAUACAUUUAAUGAUACUUAUCAUAAUGAUAAAUAUAUAUCAACCAUUAUAGAUAAACAAAAAAGAGAAAAUAUUUCUUCGAAUACAUACAAAGACAAGUAUGAAAAUUUACAACCUUAUGAAAAGCAUCAAGACUAUAAAAAUUGUAAAGAAAAAAUAAAUUAUCAAUAUGUCUUACCAAAUAACUAUACAAAUAAUUUCUCUGAAAAAAAUAUUCAAGAUAUUUAUUUGAAUACACAACACAAUUAUAUAAAUACUAAGCAAGAUCUAAUGAUACAAUAUGACCAAGAAAAUAAUAAUGAAGGAUCCCCUCUCCUCCCCCCACAAAAAAAAAAAAAAAAACAAAAUCCACAAAUGUUACAAAUCAAUAAAAACGCAAAAAAUAAAAUACAAGAUUUUACAAAAAUAAAAAAUAAUCAAACAGAUAAACAAAUAUAUACAGAAUUAUUAAAUCCACAGUUAAAUAAUAGUACAAACUAUAUUAACACCUUGAAUAACUCAUCAAUUAAUAGCAAUAAUUAUAUGAAUAACAAUUAUAAUCAUAUGUCAAAUAAAAAAGAUCAACAAUCAGAAAUGAAGGAUAUAAUAUACUAUACAAAAGAGAAAUUUAAUAAUAACAAUUAUAAUAAUAAAAAUGAUGAAUAUAAGAAAAGUGAUCUAAAAAAUUACCAGAACAUUGUAAAUGAUAAUACUGUGUAUAAUGCAUAUAUAAAUAACAAACAAAUGUGUAAUAAUAAUAAUAAUAAUAAUAUUAAUUAUAAUAAUGAUAAUAAUAAUAUUAAUUAUAAUAAUGAUAAUAAUUAUAUUAAUAAUAAUAAUAAUUAUUAUUAUAUUAAUAAUAAUAAUAAUAAUAAUUAUAAUCAUUCUAUUCAAGGACAAAAUAAUAAUAGCAUAACAAAAAAUGUGAACAAUAGUAAUAAUACAUGCAAUGAAAUAAAUCACGUUUAUAAUAAUAUCCUAAAUAAUUGCUCAUAUAAUAAUUUUCAUGAGAAGGAAAAUAAAAUUAUGCAAAGCAAUGAGGACAUACAUAAUAAUAAUAAUAUUACGACUAACCAUAAUUACCAAUUUGAAAAGGAUAAUAAAAAUUUUAUUGUUCCCAUACAAAAUAAUCAACAUUUUACAAAUACAGAAAGCCCUAUAAAAAACGUACAUUUAAAUGAGAAUUAUCAGUAUGUAAAUAAUAACCACCCCACAAAAAAUUAUCAAAAGGAAUCACAAAUAUUUGGUAACUCCAAUUUUCACAUGAACCAUUAA